UUCAAAACUGCCCUAUACAAACGUAUCUUUGACAAAACGUUUGAUCUUAUUCCAUUUGAACGAGUACAUUUUAGCGCGUAAAAUGGCUGGAAAUAUUGAGCACCAUAUCCAAAAUACGUUGCUACAAGCAACAAAGGUAAUGGAAGAGCAGAUCGAUUCAGAGAUUGAAAAACUGGACCGUAUGACAUUGGACGAAAUGGAGGAACUUCGUGAAAAGCGGUUAGAGCAAUUGAAAAAGCAAGAGGAACAAAAACGGGAGUGGCUUCACAAAGGACACGGCCAAUACAACGAGAUUCCAGGAGAAAAAGAAUUCUUCAAGGAGACAAAAGACAGUCCCAGAAUCGUGUGCCACUUCUUCCGUGACAGCACUUUUCGUUGCAAGAUAGUUGACAAGCAUUUAGCACUUUUGGCACCGAAGCAUAUUGAAACAAAAUUUAUCAAAGUGGAUGCCGAACGAUGUCACUUCCUUGUACAAAAAUUAAAUGUUAAAGUCCUACCGACCAUUCUGAUUAUUAAAGAUGGUAAAUUCCCGGAUCGUAUCGUAGGAUUCGAUGAUUUAGGGGGCCAUGAUGAAUUCAGCACAGCGAUGAUGGAAUGGAGAAUAGCGCGUUCUGGUGUUAUCAAUUACACUGGGGAUCUGAGUGUACCACCUGAUCAGGCCAACAAAAAAAGUUCCACAACGAUACUGAAGAAAUCCAUUCGGAGCAGAAGAGAUAUGGAUGAUGAUGAAGAUUCUGAGGAUGAUGAUUAACUCCCAAGAUCUGAUUGUUAAUUCUCCCCUCUACCUAUUACACUUUUCCUUGUAAAUAAAUUACGAGAAUUU